CUGAGCUGAGUUAUCCUCAGCCAAAGAAGGGGAAAAAAAAAAAAACUCCAUCCCAUCACAGAAUGCACUGGCAAAAAUCUUCUGGCCCAGAGCAGCAGCCACAGCCUCGCCCCUACCAAGGUGUCAGAGUGAAGGAGCCAGUGAAGGAGCUGCUCAAGAGGAAAAGGGGGAAUGUCCAAAAUUCCAGUGCAACUGCAGCCACAACGGUCGUUUUGCCCCAUCAGCCAGUCCAUUCCUACCCCCCCAUGGGCCAGCCUUGCAUCGACAUGGACGCUGCUGGCCCUGCUGUGCCCGGCCCAGAGGAAGGAGCUGUGGCCUCUGGCUGGAUGUCCCAGCCCUCUGGCAGCUCCCUGCAGCCCCUGGCUCAGUGGAGCCCUUACCCUGAGUACGUGUCCCACGAGGCUGGCAGCUGUCCCUACUCUGCAGACAUGUACGUGCAGCCCGUGUGCCCCAGCUACACCCUGGUGGGACCCUCCUCUGUCCUCACUUACACCUCCCAGCCUCUCAUCACCAAUUUUGCACCCCGCAGCACCCCCCCAUCCAUGGUGCCACCGCUGGAGGUGACGGAGCCGCAGCCGCCCCUGCCCUACUUCCCAUGGGCACAACCCCUGCCUGCCCUGCCAGCCUCCAGCCUGCAGUACCCUGCAGCCUCCUCCUCCUUCCCUGGGCCCCAGCUGGUGCCUGUGCCCAUCUCCAUCCCCGAGCCAGCCCCCCAGGAGCUGGAGGAUGCCCGCAGAGCCAUCGGUGCGCUGCCCAUCGAGAAGCUGCUCCUGGAAGAUGAAGACAAUGAUACAAUUCUGCAUAUUUAUGCAGCUAAAGGCCUGAGGGCUCACACGCUGGCAGCUGCAGAGCGCAUGAAAGCCCUGAGGAGACUCGAUGCCAAGGAGCACAGAGGAAAGACUCCCCUGCUGGUGGCUGUCACUGCCAGGCAGGCAGCAAUUGUGCACGACCUGAUCCAGGCAGGAGCAGAUGUCAACGCUGUGGACAACAAAGGACAGACAGCUUUGCACCUUGCUGCAACCUAUGGCUACACCCAGGUGCUGCAGGUUAUCCUGUCUCUGGGUUUCCCUCUGGAUUUGGAAAUGAAGGAUUUUGAAGGCCAUACCCCUCUCCACUGUGCUGUCCUGGCCCACAACAGCCUGCUGAGGGAGCAGGGCAGGCAGGCCCUGCCAGAGGAGCAGCACAGGGAGCUGCAGCAGCAGAGCAGGGAGCUGGAAUCCUGCAUCCAGCUCCUGGUGCAGACCGGAGCCUCCAUCUACAGCCGGGAUGUGAAAAGCAACAAGACAGUUCUUCAUUACACAGUGCAGGAUGGGAAUGUCUCCCUGCUCAGGUACUUCCUGGAGCUGAACGCUUUCAAGUCCAAGGAUUUUGUCAACAACAAGGCCCAUGGCAACACAGCCCUGCACAUGGCAGCUGCUCUGCCUGGUGACAAGAACCAGAAGGAAAUCAUCCAGCUGCUCCUGGAGCACGGGGCAGACCCCAGCAUCAGGAAUUUGGACAAUGACCAGCCAAUCCACAUGGCCCCUCCUGGAAAAGCUGGGGAUCAGGUCAGGCAUUUGCUGAAGAAAGGGAAAGUCACACCUGCAUUCAACUCCUGCCGUAGAAAUGCCAGAUCCUGAAUGAACUGCAAUUUAUGGAAUGGCUUCGACUCCAGCCUCUGCCUCCCAUAAAACUGUGAGGGUGCUUCUGCAGCACAUCCCUGCUCUCCAGGCUGAAAGCAGCAUGGGGUGAGAGCGUUCCUCCCCCUGUGGCCACGUCAGACAGCAGAAGAUGAGCUUUCAAAUGGCCAAAAACUCAAUUUGGGUAACAGGGAAUAGACCUCCAGCAAGGAGGUGAGCAAAUCAACUGGCUGCUCCAUAAAUAAGGAAAUAUUCCAGAUAAGUUGGAAGCACAGCCAAGCUUUGAUUUGGGAGCAGAGGUGACAGAGCACUAGGUGAGAGCCUGGCUGUAAAAGGCUGAGGAAUGCUGCUCUGAGGGAGCACAGGGACUGCUGGAAAUGCUGCAGCCUCUCUGGUGUGACCCUGCUGCCCUGGGAAUGCAGGAUCCAGAGGGGAGGGAAAGCCUGGAUGGAGAACUUGAGUCAACCCUAGCUGGAUUUGACCUGAGGGAAUGGAAAUCCAAACCCAGGAGUGCCAUGGGAGGGUCCUGCAAGCUGGGACUGCCCAAUCUCAGCAUUGUGGGGGCUCUGGAGCAGCUCCAUGGCCAGGCCAAGAAAAGAACCAGGUGCUGUAAGAACAAGGGCAUGGGGCAGGGU